GCGGGCGCAGGCGCGGGGCUCCGGAGCUCUCCAAGCUCUGCAGAGGAGUGAACCCCGAUUGGAGCUGGGGGCCUUCUGAUCCUGGUUGUGGGAUUGAUUAGGUGCCCUUUGGAGAGGUGACUUGGCCUCGCGGACACGGGGUGUUCCUUAGAUACCUGCCCACUUCAAGCCUCCUUUCCCUAGUUGAAUUCAACAUCAGUUCAAUUUAUUUUCUCCCUUUUAGCCAAACCCCUCCCCCCAGCCCCUUUGGCAUAGAAAAAAAUAUUUAUUGAGUGAAUUGCAAGGUUGCAGUGGUCAGGGCUAUAACAGAAGAACCGUCUUGUCCAAACUUUUUGAAGGGAGCUUGCCAUAUUCUGCUUGGGUGGAAUUCCACAAGUUUCUUUUCUACUCCAUUAUAAGCCAAGAUUUAUGCCUUUAAAGUCCGUUUUUCUACUAAUAUCUGACCAGGUGGAGAGGAUGGAAAAAGCAUUUGUGAAAUGUAGGAAUGAAUGUUUUGUAAGUAUCAUUUGUGAGUUAAGGUUGGGACGAAGUGGAAGGCUCUCAUAGUCUUCCUCCCUGGCUGUGGCGGAACGUUGGGGCUACUUUGGUAAAUAACUAAAGGAGUGGUAGGUGGUGUUAGGACUUGGCCAUUCUAGCCACUCUGGAAGCUAGGCCAGAAGUUCCCUUGAUUUCAGGAGUUCCAUUCCAGUGUGGGCAGCUUAGUGAAGACCUUUGCCUCAAGAACGUGGUGAAGGGGAUUCACACUCAUACCAUGGUUCCCAACUGGGGGAAAACAAACGAUUGCCUACACCCUUAGAUGGCCAAAGGAAGUUUGGGAAGGCUGUGCGCAAGUUGAUCUGAUGGGGUAAGGGGUGGCAGGUGGGGGAUAAAAGAGAUGAUGAUGAGCAAACCAAUCAGUCCGAAAACUAAAAGGAAUUAGGUCUGAAACUUAAUGAUCACUCUUUCUACUAAGAAAAACUUUCCCCUGUAGUUUUAAAUGUAAAGUAGGAUUUUGCUGCAAAAGAAGAUCCAAGGACCUUUUUGAAGUUACCACCAAAGGAAGCAGUCAUGCCUGGGGAAACAGGGAAAACCGACAUGGAGAGGAUUGGCCUCUUCAGUGAGAUGGAAUACGUUACUGUGGGAGAUAAAUAUGUGUCACCCUUUAAUCGACCCUUUAAUGAGGCUGCAAGCAAAAAAAGACAGAUGCUGCCCGGGGGAUCCAAACAAAUGUCAAGCCUCCAGGCGGGGUACUUUGAUCCUCAGUUUGUGAGGAUUUUCGAAGGGGAAGGCUAUGUGAGCCUGAAUCAAGUGAGGAGACGGUUCAUGAUGGCAGAAUCCAAAAAAAACCUCAGCAAAGCCUUCAUCCCUAGUAGUGGAGAGAAAAAGCCAAGUGGAUUAGGAAGCUAUUAUGGAACCAUUGGUGGCCCUAUCCCAUUCUUCAGUGCACAGCUAAGACCCAGGGACAAAUAUCAGCCACCUGGGAAGAAUUUAUAUACCAACCCGGGAAAAAAAGGAACUGGAUAUGGCUAUGCCAAUGUUACCAUAGGCAAGCAGCUUGCACACUCUGCUGACUUAUAUGAUGCAGCGAAACUGAAUUAUAAGCCUGGUGGAAUGAAGGCAGGAACGUUUGAACCUUACCCAGCACACUCAGCUGACCCUUAUGUGGUUAAAAUGGGAAAGGUGGUUCCUGGAAAAGGGGAAAAGAUUUUCCAUCCACCAAAUGGACCAAAAAGCAGACCCAUAGAAAGUAUAAUGGCGCUGAAUGUCAAAAGGGCACUGAAUGUGAAGAAUUACAAGAGUGUCUCAGCAGACACACUGGGGAAGCAGCUGGUUUUCUAGCUUCUCUCAAGAACUCCCUGGAAUAUGCAACGUUAUGGAAUCCGUGAUCCCACAGCAUUUAAAGGACAUUUCAACACGAGACUCAACUGUAACAUCCUUCCUGAUUUUAAUGCUGUUUAAUAAAUAGUGUUGGCUACCGACUUA